AUGAAAACAAAAAAGAAUGUCUUUGUAGGCAAGGGCUAUUUAAAGCUUGCGGACCUUUGGGAAACGAUUGAAGAUUCAUACAACACCAAAGCAAACUCAGAUAUUGCUGGCGAUCACCAUGGCCCACCGUCGUCUUCUGGCCUAAGAGACUACGUGAUCGAUAUCGAGUUACCACUAGAGCCAAAAUCGUACGCAAAUGACACAAUGACUGUAAUAAACUCCUAUCCGUUCCGCAUGGUCCUAGGCUCAUCUCAAGUUGGUUUUAUCGCAGUUCGAGCUACUAUGCAGCUUGAACUCAAGCCCCAAAUAACAUCAUAUCAAUAUGGCGCUUAUGAGUUAAUCCACCACCACACAUUAGCACAAAGUUAUUUUGGAAACCAAGAAGACGCACGGAUGCGCCUUUUUAUCAAUAAGAACAAUUCCGCAAUGAUGAGCCUCAAGGCUCUGUGCAAAUCUUUUUUUCGUGAUUGGAAUCUCUCUCUGAUCGAACUUUUUUAUGGUUGUUUGGCCGUAGAAGAGUACCUUGCAGCAUCCUCAAUACCAAAGAGCUACCAGGCGUUCUGUGAUAUCGAGAUGCUUGAACAUGCUCACUAUUGUGCUCGUAUGGCGGUUGCAGCCUAUGGGACGUUUACAGGGUCACUGUUAGGUUAUCAUGAAAAUGUCACAGAUCGCGACAAAGAUAUUGAGAAUGUGUUGCAGGCUUUUAAUUUGAAGAAGGAAGACAUGAUUGCGUGGCAUUACCACUGUAAAAUUGUGGGGAUUGCAAGCUACUAUAUAAUACGUGACCCCAGACAUGGUGCUCUUUGUGUCGUCAUUCGCGGUACUGCCAGCUUCUCAGAUGCUGUAACAAAUCUAUUGUGUAAAUGUGAGAGCUACAAAGGUGGCUUUGUGCACCAAGGGAUGAUGGAAAACGCACGGUCCAUUAUAUUCAAUCACUUUGAUACCAUCAUGGAAGCAUUGCGGCAGUUUAAUCUCUCCAAAGUGUAUUGUAUCGGUCAUUCGCUUGGAGCAGGGACAGCUUCCCUUUUAUGCUCAUUAUUGCAAGACCGUUUUGCAGAGCCCCAAGUACGAGCAAGACUGAGUAGUGAGCAAGGCCAAAAGCUCCAAGUUAUGGCCCGUCUGUUUGCCCCCCCUCCUGUAUGUUCUCCAGACUUGGCUACAGAAUUUGAACAUAACCAGAUCGCAUUUGUAAACGAGAAUGAUCUUGUGUGUCGGUUGAGCUACACAACCGCGGAUCAUUUAAAAACGCUAAUCAAGCAAGCUGCCUCGGAACUCGCGUAUCAAGGGGACAAGUCCGUACUACCGCUGCCAUCACCACCUCAGCUAUUUUCGUUUUCCCGCAGAUUAAGCAACAACAGCCGUCUCAUGGGGGCCUUGGAGCGAACGCACGGGGAACUGCAUGCUUUCAAUAAGCCGAAGCUGGUCCUUGGGGGUAAGAUUGUUUACCUCUACAAGGGUGCUUACUCAGUGGGGUCAUCUUUGGCCGCAGAAGGCCCAGUGCGUGAGGUCAGGGCGGAGUAUUCUCACCACCGACACUUUUCGACCAUUCAUUUUAAACGCAACUCAAUUGCACAUCACUCCGCAGCAAAGUACGAGGUUAGGAUCUUUAAGGCUUUGAAAUGGGCCAGAUCGCAGGGACCGCUUCCCGAAUACAUCUGUAGAUCAUACUAA